AUUUGAAGAACCCAUUCCGAUCUUCACUGCUCAGCUGUUUAGUUAGGCAUCUAACUUGUUGGAAUGAUAGUAGAGGGAUAGACGAAUGAAAACAGAAUGGUAGAAAAUGAAAGCAGUUAUCAAAUCUGGUGUUUUAAUUGUCGCUAAGAUUGUCGUUUGAAAAGCUGUGAUGCCUAAUUAUGUAAAACAGUUUACCAUACCCAUAUCGAGACUUAAUUUGGAGGUAUAAGAAUAGAUCGACGAAGAGUGCAGUUGUGGAUGAUACAGUAGAGUGUGAGCUGCGGGAAUAAUCAGUCAUGGGUUGGGACUGUUGUCAAAAAGGUAAACGAGGUAUGACCGUGUCGGUGUUCUUCUUUGGAAGCAUCUGCCUAUCGGUGAUGCUUGCUUAUUUGGUUUUCGGUGAUAGUACUGAUGAUGAAGGCUUUCGUACCUUACGAAUGAUUGCGGUCAUGUUUCGACAUGGUGAUCGUUCACCAACAGAAUUUUAUCCCAACGAUCCAUAUCGUAACCACCAAUGGACUGGCGGUCUAGGAGCUCUGUCGGAGAAAGGUUCCCAACAAAUGUACAACCUUGGAAAAAAUCUACGACCUCGCUACUAUCGUUUGCUACCUCCGAAUGGACUCUACUCCAAAGAUCACAUGUAUGUCGUCAGCAGCUACGCCGAACGAUGUAUAAUGAGCGCUCAAAGUUUCUUGGCUGGCUUUUUACCACCCCUGGAAAAUACAAACCCUUUGCCUAUCCCGUGGCAACCGGCUGCAAUCAAUACAAUACCUAGGGAUCGGGAUACGAUCAUGGCACAGAAGAAACCUUGUCCCCGGUACGAACAAUCACUUCAACGCUUAAUGGGCUACCCACCAAAAGAUAUUCGUGAUUUGAACGAAAAAAAUGCCGCUCUUUAUAGGACACUGACUCAGUCAACCGGACAAAACAUAAGCACUAUCUUAGACGUGGAACUGCUCUAUAACACACUGGAGAUCGAGAAGAACGCCGGUCUAGAACUUCCUGACUGGACCGAAAACAUUUUUCCCGAUAAAAUGCUCCCGCUAGCAGAGCGUAGUUUAGCCAUUUUUACUGAAACUCCGUUGAUGAAGAAGGUGAAAGGCGGGGCCAUCCUUAAUGAAUUAUUGGACAAUAUGAUUCGCAAGCGAUCGGGCAUCCUGAUGCCAGAGCGAUCCAUCUUCAUUUACUCGGCACAUGAUGUAACGUUGGUGAACCUGAUGCGGACGCUAAACGUGAUAGAUCAAACCACAGGAAAGCCGGAUUUUUCGGCUGCGAUCGUAUUCGAGCUGCACCAUAGCAUCACAUAUGACGAUGAUUUCGAGGUUAAAAUCGUUUACUAUUUCAAUAGUGAGGACAAGUACCCGAAGGAGAUAACAAUACCGAACUGUGAGCAUCCUUGCUCGCUAACCAAGUUUAGUCAACUGAUGGAAACGGUCCGGUUGAAAAGCUACGAUGAAUUGUGUGCAAUAGUUUAAGUUUGCAAUGUUUUUGGAAAGAGUGGUUAUUGAAUAUUUUUAGUUGACUGUUAAAAAUGAUCUGAAGUUUAUAUCUUGAUUUGUUACCAAUUACAUUAAUCUCAUAGAAUAUUUACAACACUGCACUUCGUACAUUGGUGCUUAAAUAUUAUAUUCUACUUACGAUGAUUUGUAUAGUUCGAGAUGAAUAAAAACAUGAAAAAGUAAA